AUGGGCUUUAAACAUGCCUUGCUGCAGCGUAGCUACGAAGUGGCGCCGUCGCCAGCUCGCACCACGCCCAACAGCCUUGAGGGGGCGGCCGCCGGUGUAGGGGCAGCGGCGCCAGCGCAGGCGCAUGUCACGGACUUCAGCAUUAGCCGCAUUUUGGGCGGAGAAAAGGAUGUUGUGGCAGCUCCAAAAACUUUGGCCACAUCCGACAUCUUGGAUCUUUCAAAAACGCGCACCACAGCUUUAACCUACUCGGCCAUUACACCCACACUUGCGUAUCCAAAUCCCAUGCUGACCCACGAUUUUCUGGCCAUGGCCAAUGCCACCAAAUUCUAUGCGCAGUUUUUUCCUCAUCUACUGCCUGCCUAUGCGGCUGCAGCGGCCGCCGCAGGACUCAGCACCCCGCCCACGUCGCCGUAUCAGCAGAAACGCUACUUCGCGCCCUACAUCAUCAAUAAUCAGCGCACCAAGUCAGGCCCACCCACCAAUCUUGCCUCCAGCGUUGCCUGCACCCGCCCCGAUUGCAUCGAAUGCCUGGAAUAUUACAAACAGUAUGGGGUUGGCUAUAAGGCCACGCCUAUGAUAUCGCCCGCCGCCUCCUCAGUCAGCUCGAAUAGCUCUCGACCAGGCAGGGAUCUGAUGCUGAGCGCUGCCGCCGCCACCAACAUCUCGCUAACCACCGUGACAAAUCUGAGCCUCAGCUCCAAUCAUGGCUUGGUGGCACAGCCGACGGCUGCCGCCAUGGCCAAGGCAGUCGGUGGUGUGACGAGUUCCGUCGGCUUUGGGAUCAGCAGCAGUGGCGUCAGAGCCGCCGUCGCCGCCGAGGAGAUCAGCUACAAGUGCCGUAUUUGCGACAAGGUUUUCGGCUGCUCUGAAACUUUGCAGGCGCACGAGAAGACGCACAAAUCACCACGCUACGAGUGCACGGACUGCGGCAAAGGGUUUUCCCAGCUGCGCAACUACAAGUAUCAUCUGUCCGUGCAUCGCGGCACCAAGGAGUUUGCUGCAGAGUGUCCCGAAUGCGGCAAGACCUUCAACGACAAGGGCUAUCUGAGCAGUCACAUGAAGAUCCAUCGCAAUCGCAAGGAAUAUGAGUGCCCCUAUUGCCCCAAGUCCUUCAACCAGCGCGUUGCCUUCAACAUGCACGUGCGCAUACAUACGGGCGUUAAGCCGCACAAGUGUGCGGAAUGUGGCAAGCGUUUCUCCCGCAAGAUGCUGCUCAAACAGCACAUGCGCACCCACAGCGGCGAGAAACCGUAUCAGUGCUCUGUGUGUGGCAAGUCCUUUGCCGAUCGCAGCAACAUGACAUUGCAUCAUCGCCUGCACUCGGGCAUUAAGCCCUUCAGCUGCCCCCUCUGUCCGAAGGCCUUUACCAAGAAGCAUCACCUGAAGACACAUCUUAAUUACCACACUGGCUGCAAACCGUAUGUCUGUCCACAUCCGAAUUGCAAUCAGGCCUUCACGCAAUCCAGCAACAUGCGCACACAUGCCAAGAAAUGUCAGUACAGACCGUUAGACGGAGCGCCAGCAUUUCCGGCAACAGUCACAGCCACAGCUGCAGCAACGGCAACGGCAACUACAACAGCAUCAACAACGAUGGCAGCCAAACCACAGCCACUGGCAUUGGCCAUGGCCACAACGACCCCGUCUCCAUAUGGGAUGCCAGCGGCCGCAGCAUUUCCGCCGGCCCAGCAAACGUUGCUGAGCAACUUGCGACCGUUCUAAGCCAAAUUCCGUUCACAGUGAACCCUCAAUAUUGUCCCACGCCUUAACGCAUUAAGAAUUUUGAGU